AGUCCGCUUGGUUGCGAGGGAGGGAGGGAGCAGGAGCAGAGGAGGAGAGGAGGAGAGGAGGAGGACCCCGAGAGGGAGGCGGUGGCGCGGAGAGAGGAGGGGCGCAGCGGCUGAGCCACCAGCCGCCCUCUACCGCGCUUCUCUCCAGAUACUCCCGGAGCUCCAGCCGCGCGGAGCGCACCCCUACUGCUCUGCCCCCAAACUUCAGCUGUAGCUACAUUCCAAGCCAUCUAAUUUAUUCUUCAAGAAAAGAAGCUGAGUUGCGACGCCGGGAAGGAGUCCGCGGAGGAGUGAAAUAACAGCAGAGCUAGAAGAGCUCCAGAGAGCAGAUUCCCCCGAGCAACAACUCGGUGCCAGGAGUGCAGAAACCAACAAGUGAAAAGGAACCGCGUUCCCGGGGCGCAGCCGAAGACCCGGGAGCUGAAGCAGGAGGAGGCAGCGAGCGCGCCGGUGCAUUGAGCAGGAGCCUCCUGCUCCGGAUCCCUCUGCGUGGCUGUGCCUGGUGCUGGGCAAGGGGAUUCCUUUCGCCCUUGUUGCAAGCAGCGGCUCCCAGCCAGUCUUCGGGGAAUAUGCAGCGCGCUUGGAUUCUGCUCACCUUGGGCUUGGUGGCCUGCGUGUCCGCGGAGUCGAGGGCAGAGCUGACGUCUGAUAAAGACAUGUACCUCGACAACAGCUCCAUUGAAGAUGCUUCAGGAGUGUAUCCUAUUGAUGACGAUGACUACGCUUCUGCAUCGGGCUCGGGAGCUGAUGAGGACAUGGAGAAUCCUGAGCUGACCACGUCUCGGCCACUUCCAAAGAUCUCGUUCACUAGUGCUGCUCCAAAAGUGGAAACCACCACGCUGAAGGUGCAGAACAAGAUACCUGCUCAGACGAAGUCACCUGAAGAAACGGAUAAGGACAAUGUUCACCUCUAUGACUCAGGAAGAAAAGUGGACCCAGCUGAAGAGGAUACAAAUGUGUAUACUGAGAAGCACCCAGACAACCUGUUUAAAAGAACGGAAGUCCUGGCAGCCGUCAUUGCUGGAGGAGUGAUAGGCUUCCUCUUCGCCAUUUUCCUCAUCCUGCUGCUGGUGUACCGCAUGAGGAAGAAGGACGAAGGAAGCUACGACCUUGGAGAGCGCAAACCAUCCAGUGCUGCUUACCAGAAGGCACCUACUAAGGAGUUUUAUGCGUGAAACUCCCACUUAGUGUCUCUAUUUAUGAGAUCACUGAACUUUUAAAAAUAAAGCUUUUGCAUAGAAUAAUGAAGAUCUUUGUUUUUUGUUUUUUUCAUUGAAGAGCCAUUCUGGCACUUUAAUGAUAAAAAUCCCAUUGUAUUUAAAACUUUUCAUGUAUUUCUUUAGAACAUAAAAUUACAACUUAACAUCUGCAGUGUUCUGUGAAUAGCAGUGGCAAAAUAUUAUGUUAUGAAAAUUCUCAAUAUUCAUGGAAUCAGUUGAAACUUUUAUGCGCAAAUAUGGAAUGAUUGUUUUUACUCAGUGGUUCAAAGAGGAAAGCUGUUUGAUUUGCGUCCGCAUGUUUCCCACCGACCCAGCCAGGUUGGUCUUAGUUUGUUAAUUUAUCUGUCGUUCCCUUCUCCUCUGCUCUCUCCUCGUGUCUCUUGGAAAACAAAACUCUCUGCCUUUUGUAGCUGUUAUAGUGCAAUUUGUCUUUGGAUAAUUCAGAUAAUGGUAAUUUAGUGUAUAUAUGAUUUUCAAAUAUGUAAACUUUAACCUACACUUUGUAUAAAUUUUUAAGUGUCGGACUAUCCAUUUUACACUUGCUUUGUUUUUCAUUACCUGUAGCUUCAGGCAGAUUUGCAACAGCAAAUUAAUGUGUAAAAUUGGAUUAUUACCAGAAAACUGUUUAGUCAUAUCUAAUCAGAUCCUCUUUUGGGAGGAUAUGGUGUGAGUUACUGACAAGCCUCAGCAAACCCAAAGAUGCUAACAGUAUUUUGACAAGUUGCUGCAGAUUCCUUUGGCCACUGUAUUUGUUAAUUUCUUGCAAUUUGAAGGUACGAGUAGGGGUUUAAGGAAAAAUCAGUUUUUGUUCUUAAAAAUGCAUUUAAGUUGUAAACGUCUUUUUAAGCCUUUGAAGUGCCUAUGAUUCUAUGUAACUCAUCACAGACUGGUGUUAAUGAGUAUAUAUAACAGUUAAAAAAGUUGGUAUUUUAUAAGCACAGACAAUUCUAAUGGUAACUUUUUUGUAGACUUACACAUAGACAUAAAUUGUAAUUUGGGAACAUAAAAACUACUGAAUAAAUCAUGUGGCCUAAUAAUUGAAAA